AAAGUGGGGGUGGUUUUGUUAGAACAUGGUAGAGAAGCCGUAACUGUGGCGCACAAAUCAUUCCCACAGAUCGAGUAGAUUACGUGCCAUGAGUUCGUACUACGGCAAUAUUUUACCAGGUAGCGGCUCAACCGCCGCCAUGGAACCUGCGCUGUACAACACGGACACGAAACUGGAUAAUAUGUACUUAUCCAACACGCAACAAAUGACUUACGAAAACUGUGGUUCGCUGUAUUCCUCCAAUUCUUACAUGCGGUACCCGGGAUACGAUCGCAUGGACGCCAGGUCUGUGGGCGCCGACGUCAAACCGCCGCAGUACGCCAACGCAUCGUCGUCGCCGACGUCGCAGCACCAGUAUCCCAUGUACCACCACAACGGCGUGGUGGACAGUUACGGAAAUACGUACGAUCGUCUCACGGACUCGAAAAGCAGCGAGAGUUGUUCGCCAAAUCAAGUGCCAAGUCUGUAUUAUCACCAACAACAAUUAGCGGGCAUGCCCGACGUGAACGGUGUUAGCCCGCAAAACGGAUACAGUCCCGUCAACGGCAUGUCGCCACAGAACAUGCCUGUGUACCCUUGGAUGAGACCAGCUAACGGCGGUGAGUUCAUCCAAUCUUCUAAAAUAAAAUUAAUUUUAAAAAUAUAUUUAAAAAUAAUUUACAAAAUGAAUUUUAAACAAAUAAUAAUAACAAAAGAGGAAGCCAUCACAGAG